AUUCACUUUUAUAUUUUGAAGGCCUACAGCUCACUAUAGCUUUCCAAAAUGGCUUUUGCGUUUCUCUUCGGCUGGCUUUUGAUUCUGGGUUCAUUCCCCAGGGUAAGGUCCUGUCUGCAGUGUGACCCGGUGUUUCGUUAUGUGCAUGAAGAUUUCCUGUCUUCAGUUAAAGGAAUCACUGUCCGUGAUCAAAUUGAACUGAAGCAAAUCAUUGAGCACGCUUACGUCAACUAUCGGGAGACCAGCCGCACAUCAUUUCGUGGUGUCAUAGAUCCUACAACACUCUAUCGUGCACGAACAGAAUAUCAGAGUGAAUUCAAGAGGCACUGGAAAGAAGACAGCACAGGUUCUGUUCAGUGGGAUAUGAUUACUAUAGUGGAGAAAGGAAAGAGAAUCCUUCAGAAACAUUUGGAGAUUUUCAUUGCCCAAGGUCUGUGUCCAAAUAAAUGUGGGCUAUUGUAUCAGAGAGUGAUGAACUGCACUUCCUGUCAGUAUGGGCUUUAUACAUGUCUGUCAGCCACUCCUCCACUAGACUGUGGAGAGCAUCAUCUUGAGGCGGAUGAAGGAGAGGAGGUGGUGCUGGACUGUUUCCUGCCUUGGCAUGCUCUUGUAAUUGGACAGACUGAGUACCAUUACUCCUGGCAUCCUGAAGAAAAGAAUCUGCCACAUGGUGGGGAGUAUGAAGUGCUGGUGGUGACUGAGGAAUCUAAAAUUGUACUCAAUCAGCUGACAAUCAAUGAGGAAGGCACCUACCGCUGCCUCCUACAGGAUCAAAAGGGUACUGUGCUGUCACGCAUGUAUUUCAAACUGAAAGUCAACCAACCACCAUCCACAACCCCUAGACUGAUUGCGAUGUUGCCGUCACUGCCCCCGGGUUAUGAUGCCACACCUCGCCCUCAUAAGAGCAGUUUCAUCAUUAUACUGAUUUUACUGAUGGUACUCAGCAUCACAGGCAGCCUUGUCAUCAUAGUGUACCUCAGAGUGACCAUGAAGCGCCAGAAGGAGGAGAGAGACAGCAGGAGAGAAGGAGAGGGGGAGGAUGGAGAAAACAUUGAGCUGGUGACUGUGACAGAAUGAGGGAUGCGAUCCAAAGAGAUACAUGAAUAAAUGACUAUACAUACCCAAAA